AGUCGAGUUUGCUGCAUGUCUCAUCCCGACAACCAUUUCCCCUCGUCUUAUUUUGAAGUAUGGGACCAGUUUCCAGUCGUUGCUGAAUGGCAGUUGAUUUUAUACUUCAUUUCUUUGGCUUUAGCUCCGAUUUUCCUGAAAAUGGUCUGAGGACCAACGAUGGAAUCUGAAAAGAAAGCCAAGGAACAAAGCCACGCGAUCUUCGAUUCGGGAAGUAGGAGAACGGAACCCACAUUUCAAAUGGUGGAAGCAGAUUGGUCUCAGUACCGUAAAGUGCCAAAUACGGAGGACAAGGAUACCAAGCCUGUCACUUUUGUUGGGCAUGGUUUUCCAAAAGCGAAAGGUUCUGGACCCGAUAGAAACUCAGAAGCUGAAGCAAGCUACAGAGAAGCGUCUGAUUCGGAAUGGGAUGCUUGUCAAGCUUUGAGACAGAGAUCUGAACGAUCAUCUGAACAGCACAAAAGUCCUCCGAAGAGCGACUUGUAUAGCAGGCGCCCGAAACGGAUCCAGAACGGCGCUUUUGAUGCUGCGGUUCCUCCAACAUCGGUACGUGCGCGUAAAAUACAAUCGCAGGAUCAGCCAGUUCGUGAGGAGGUGUUGCAUGAACAACCCGCUGAAAUGGUGAGGAGAGAUCACCUUAUUGAAGAUGGACGUAGGCCGAAAACUGCGCAUUUUACGUAUAGAAACCAUUCAGCGUCUAAGGAGAGGAAUAGAAAUAGGCACAGGCGUCAUCGCCAAAAUUUGAGCAAGACCGACUUUGUGCAAAUCUGCAACGCUUUGUUCGAUUCGGACGAUGAAGUUGAAGAGGAAUGGAAUGAGCCGGGUACUAGCAAUGCUGUUUCUCGUAAAACUACCGUGGAAGAAGGCUACGUUCAAAUUCGUCCCACGUCGAUUACUUCCGCAUACAUUGAUGAAUUUGUGAAUGCUCCUCGAGGGGAAAUAGUAAGCCCAUAUCAUGAGUCUCCAUUAUUUGAUCGCAUACCUCGCCCUGGAUAUAAAGACAAUCUUGACGCAGACUCGCACAGAGGCAUCGAGGAGUAUCUGGCACACAAUCCUUUAUCUACAGGAUCUCUGUCUGUUGUGGUCCACUUAUUCGAUUUUCCUCCCAAGCUCGUCUCAAGACCUCCAGAUCGCCUAUUAAGACCUGUAGUCAUCGAUGGAUGUGCAGUUGCUGGUUGUUUUGACAAAGAGUACUCCGUACACUGGGGAAAAAUACAAGAUCCUUCCAAACUCACUUGGAACUCGUUCAAAGUCCUUCCCAUGAAACCUAUAUGUUUGACUACGGCAAUGUUUCUCCUGCGAGGUCACAAGGUUACUGUGCUUUUGCCGAAUUAUUACACUGAUGCAUGCGUUCCUGCAAUGCGAAGUAAGGUUGACGAUGUUGAGGCCCUCAAAAUCUUAAUAAAUCUCAAAAUUGUACACUUCGUUAGACAGAGAGGUAUGGAUAGUGUUAUGGAUACAAUUAGGAGAGAAGUUGACAAGGUUGAUGCUUUACUGAUAAGUUCGGGAAAUUCAGACGUGAGAGAUGAUUUUCCAAGAAACCCAACCUUCUCUUCGGAAAUGGAGGCGUCGCAAAAUAGUGAUUCUGCUUUCACAAAGGCGUCUAAACGAAUGUUAACACCUUCUUUCUAUGGGAGGAAUCGUGACAUGACCAUGUCUUUCGGUUUCCACACAAAAGAAGAUGGUACAUGGAGGAUAGUUAAAGAAGAGCAUAUGUGUUAUUACGAGCCUAACUUCGAUGGUGAUUGUCAUAUCAAUGAUGAGGGAAGGCUCUGCCAACAGCUUCAGUUCGAGGAUCAAGUUCAUUUGUUGGUCGCACUCAAGGAGCUUUUCGAAUGGCCUUCCCUGUAUCGUCGAGGCAUAUCUGUGGUUCUACGCCUUAAUCAUCUCGCAACGUCUGCUUGAGGCAUUUUUGUACUUUCUAUUCUCUGCCGUUACUCUACUUGCAUCUGUGAAAUCUCAUUCUAAUUGUGAACAGGUUGCAAAUGGUCUCAUGCAAGUGUACCCAAAUAAAAUGAAAUGGGAACUGAGUCAUCUUCCAAAUGGC